AUGGCAGACAACAACAAUUUCUCGGACGCGCUAGCAGCGUGGAAAGAAAUCAAUCUCGGAGAACUCCAGAAGACAUUGGAUGCACAAGGUGUCGAACUUGUAGAGAAUCAAAAAGAGUCUGUCGUUGGAAGAAAAGCUCUUGCUGAUAAAACAAGAGAAUUCAAGAAGCUACCUGAUGAAGAGAAGCUGGGAGAAUUCAAAGCUCUACUAAAGGCGUACCAAACCGAAAUUGACAACCUGACGAGGAGAACAAAGAGUUCGGAGACGGCCUUCCUAAGUGUUUAUAAGAUACUAGCAGAAGCACCAGACCCCUACCCCCUGCUGGACGCUGCCAUUGACCAGAUGGUCAAGGUCGGCGAAUCGAAGGAACUCGAAGCGGAGAUUCAGCUACUCAAGAGUGAGAAUGCUGAACUGAAACGUAAGGUGUUGGAGACGUCCACCCUUGAAACGGCAAAGAAACGAGCCGAGGACAAGGUGGAGGCGAUGGAGAACAAG